AUGCUUGUCAAUACCCCGCCCCAGAGUCACUUCAAAGUCGACCGCUUCGACCAAGGCCCCAUCGGAUCUUUUACGGCCACUCGAAAGAGCUUGCUUGUCGUCCUAUUCGACUCGAAUAGUCCUACUAGCUACCAUCGCCGGACCGUGAGCUGUCUGGCCGUCGCAUCUCCUUAUGUGCACUAUAACGACCCAGCGUAUUACAUUGCGAACAGCCGUCUCUAUGACACCACUGAGGUCGCAGAGGGUUCUGCUUCUCCUGUCCACCAGACACGCCAUGUCAAGCGCAAAAGCGAUGGUACUAUCUCACUGGAGCAACUUCAAAAAGGCCUUGCUAGUGCUAGUAUUGCUAAUGCGGGUGUCACUAUUACUGAGACCAAAGAGAAGAGCGAUGCUGCCGCGUCUAGUCCACUGAGCGGAAAGCUUGCCAAGCCUUUGAGUCUUACUUGUAUCGGCAGCAGUAAUGGAAACACUUUCCUCGCCUGUAACCCGAAACAAUGUACCGAUCUAUAUUUCUCUAACCAUUGUCGUCGGCGUCCUGAUUCCUCUUGGUUCCAAAAGCUCAAUGUCGCCUUGCCUGCUAGCACGCCCCGCCGCUCCCUCCUCUCGGAUCUUUUGAACAACCAGGGUACCCCCAGCCGUCUAGAACAGGCCGCCAGCCGCCGAAGGAUGCUCAAGAGCAUGCGUCGAUACUCGGUCGACGCCAGCGAGAUGGACUUCAGCUUCAGUCGCCCCUCGAGCCGGGUCACUCCUAUGAAGGGUAUUCCAUCUGAGGAGGAGACUCCCAUGUUGAUUGACAGUCGCCGAGAAUUCAAAUCCACGCCAACCGUCAGAUACCUUCGAAAUUCUUGCCAUGCUACUGUCAAGACCAAGCUCCAGCAAUCCGUAUAUCGAACCGUUGCCCGCCGCGGUAAUGAUGGCGAGGAUACACCCGAUUACUUUGGCGCAGAGGACCGCGUCUGGUAG